AUGGAGAGCAAUAAUCCAAUCUACCAGUGGCUUUCCACUGUGGAGGACCAGGGACAAACUGAGAACCAGGAACAAGUGAAGGACACAGCUCUUGCAACGGGCAUACCACGGAUCCACAUCCCACUUGAGACGUCUGAUGACCUGCGUGCGAAUGGACAUUCAGCUAGCAGGAAGAGAGAUUCACGUCAUCUCAAGGAAACGAAAGCAUCGUCCACUCACGAGACCAUACCAGGAAGUGAAGGUCAUAAGAGAUCUCGAAAUUGUUACGAGCUAAGGCCCAGAUACAAGACUCGCGAGGAUCGCUAUGAGUACAAAGGCCCAUCAUCGGCUGUGGAGACCCAGUCGCAGUCUCGCAAAGGAAGAGCCAAAAAGCCCCGGGGCAGGAGGCAUACCAUGAAUGAUGACUUCCGUGCCAUCAAUGUUACAGGAAACAGAUUGACACUGCGCAGCAAUACGAACCUGGGUAUAUUCAACAAGGGACGGUCUUCUUCUGUGGCCAAUCAGCACGGAAACACCCCAGCCGGACUUGCAAAACCUGCAUCGGUCACCAGGUCUCAGAAAUAUGUCGCAGAGUCCGAUCUUGCCUUUUCUGAGAUGAACUUUCUGUCCCGGAGGAGUAAUCUCAGCCCGUAUCCCAUGUCAACUGCCAGAGAAACUCUGGAUGGACAGCAUGAGAGAGAGUACCACCCACAGGAGGUACAGUUCGAUGACCCUGCACAUGACUCCAAACUCGGCACGUCUCACUCAGACAACAAAUUGGUUGAUGUGAAACGGAAGCUUGACGCCUCAGUCAUGCCGCUGUUCGCAUUUGAAGAGGCGCCUGUCAGUGAGAUGUACCCAGUUUCCGGUCACUCUCGGAGUGCUUCCCCCAUGCCACACAAUAAAAGACGGAAGAUAUCAAAACAAUCAUCAUCUAUUCCAUACACUUGGACUGAAACUGAGGUCGACGACACGGAACAAAGCGAUGCCCUUGAACAGCACCUGCUAAACCUGCUGCACGUCGGAGUAUAUCCCCAAGGUCUAUGCUCUGAGACCAAAAAUACUGUCUUGACCGGACGAUAUUGGAGUCUCGCCGAAUUAUGGGAACUGUUGGAGGAGAGAAAGACGUCAUGGUCAAGCGAAGCAGGCAGACAAAAUCGAACUUCACCCGAAGCCAACACGGCGCAGCUAGCUGCAGUCAAAGCCUCUCCACAAGAGGUUCCCAAGGUCACUGCAGCAGACGAUUUAGACGUUCACAAUGCCGGUAGCGUACAGAACGAAACAUCCAAACAAUCCGCGGAUUCGGACAUUGCUUGUGAAAUGGGUUGCAGUGUGAACAGUCCACCCAAACAACCUUCAGUUCUCGAGCAACAACAAGAUGGACCACAUGAAGCUUCAGAUAAGCCGGGCUGUCUAAGCCUCCAAGCUUCCAGGGCAUUAAACAGCCCAGAUCGUUUCAUAGACACCUUGAACGAAGAUCAUGGUGAGCCUUCCCACCAGGAAUCGGCAGAGGAUGCAGUCCUUUUCCCAGCAUUACCAGAUGUUGAACAGCCGCAUAUGUCUGACAUCGAAUUUUAUGAGCUGGGCCGAGUCGAUGAUGAUGACGUGUUCUAUCGCACGCUGGAUGCUGCUUACUGUGCCAUCGUGCGCCCAGAGGUCGUGGCAGAGGUUGCAUCAGACUUACAGCAGUUACUUGAAUCACCCGAACUAAAUGGCAAUGAUCUUCCGAAUACUCCAGAGCCGACUAGUAUCCGGGAACCCGAUAUUCCUACCGGACAGGUAGAGGGGGCAGAGCCAGAGCAUUUGGUAACGGCCUCCCAAGACAUCAUACAAGACGGGUAUGAUGGAAGGCCAUCUGAGCCUUCUUGCAAACAAAAGCUAUCUACGAGCCAUUCGAAUGAUCCUUGUGUUGACCAGAACAAUGAUUUACCAUGGAUGGCUACCGGAUACGGCCAGACACAACCGCGCGCGUCAACUGGAAUUGAUGCGGGACAUGCUAAGCCUCCAGGAUUAUCUGGCUUCUGGAGACAGAACAGACUCUAUUGA